AGAUUUCCACUUGUUGUGCUCACAGAUGGACACUUGUUGCACACAGUCGGUCAUCAGUGUGCUGAGUGGUAAGGUGUUGAAGUGGGUUGGCAUAUUGUGAGUCAAUCAAUAAACUUUACUCAGUUGAAUUUGGACAUUGAUGAGUGCCAGGCAUAUCUUAAUUCUCAGCUAUAAGGAUAACAGUGACACAAAAAGAGAGCUGGAAUUGCUCAAGAUGAAGACUCGUGUUCGUGAAUCGCGUGAUUUUGUAACGGCCCUCGUGUAUUUCUCUCUAUUCCUGGACAAUGUUCUCCUGACUGUGAUUGUGCCCAUCCUGCCAGAUUUUCUUGCUCAGUCCGGUGAAAUGGGUCUGCCUGAGAAUAUUUCCACAUUUAACGUGCCAAAUGGGAUGCUCUAUACGAAAACCUUCGAUUUGCACUAUGUUCCCAAUAUGUUACGGAAGCAUCCGUUGGCCGGACCAAAUGUCUUCAAUUUGACUCAUCAGGGCAGUUCUGCUACCGUUACUACGACUAGAAAAGUGAAUCUUGAUGAAGAGAAUGUCUCAAUUGGUAUUCUCUUGUCCGUUAAAGCCCUUGUCCAGUUGAUAUUUAAUCCUAUCGUGGGAGGAUCUACUGCUAAGUUCGGAUACCGCAUCCCUAUUGUCUUUGGCACCUUCAAUAUCCUCUUGGCAGCUCUGGUUUUUGCUAUCGGGGAUAACUACAUCAGCCUUGUUUUUGCCAGAGCCGUUCAAGGUAUAGGAUCUGCCUGUAUAGGGGUUUGCGGAAUGAGCCUGGUAGCCCAGCUUUAUCCUGAGGAAGAGAAAAGGUCCAAGAUUAUGGGUAUAGUGUUGGGCAGUGUUGCUCUAGGGGUCCUGGUGGGAUAUCCCGUUGGAGGAUGCUUAUAUGAUUUCGUAGGGAAAGCAGCUCCUUUCUAUAUCGUAUCCAUCCUUAUUGGAGUAGACCUACUACUCCAGUGUAAAUUCCUGGAGUUAAUUGUUCCCAUCGAAACACUUGAGGACUCUUCGGAUAACAAUACUGCAACGUGGUGGCCCCUACUUACCGAUCUGGUUGUCUUUGUUGUAGUCCUAGCCAUAUGCAUAUCAACCAGCACAAUGGCUAUUCUUGAGCCCUGUCUCCCCAUAUGGCUACUGGCUAAUCUCAAUCCUAAGAAAUGGCAACUUGGAACCGUAUUUAUACCGGACUCUGUAGGAUACUUACUAGGAACAAACUUCUUCGGAAAGUUGGCCUACAGAAUAGGUCAAAUAAAGAUAGCUGUGUUUGCUCUAGUCUUGGUCGGAUUCUCUUGUAUCUUGAUCCCAAGUGCAUCAUCGGUUUGGAGAUUAAUGCUACCUCAUUUCGGACUGGGGUUGGGUAUUGGGAUUCUGGAUGCUGCUCUAGUACCCUUCCUGGCAACUUACGUUGACCAGAAAUAUGGGGACUUUGAUGGAUCUGCUAGUGAGACAUUUUCGAAUUACGGUGCCAUCUACGCUAUUCAGCAGAUGGCCGUAAGUUUGGCCUAUUCAUUUGGCCCACUUUUCGGUGGUGAGUUGGCCAAGGUCUUGGGCUUUCCCUGGCUCAUGCGAACAAUGGGUUCCAUCAAUUGCUUGUACGGCCCACUUUUGCUGUUCAUCACCUCACGGAUAAAUUUGCAGGGUUCUCUAAUAAAGUCAAAGGAUGUUCUACUAAACACAGGGGAGGAUGCAAAUCAUGACUACAGGCGCUUCUACAAUUCGAUCGAUUGAAAAUGAACACCGAUGAAAGGAAAAAAGAAACCAUAUUUGCAAACAUAUUGAAUUAUAGCUAGUCUCAUACUGUUUUAACCAUUCCAAAACUAAUUCCCUUGUACUGAUUCAUGCUCACAGAGAAUAAUAAAUUAAGUGAAUUGCGA